GGAUGCAGGAUGGGUACAGUACUGCGCUCAGUAGCAACAAGCCGUCUCCCCAAAACGGAAGAAGCCUGGGUCUUCCCAGGUCACUCGCAGGUCAAUGGAAUCCCCUUCCCUUUCGCAUCUCCAACGAGAACACUGCUACAGUGUAGUUGCAGGGCCUGGGUGGACAAGCCCCGCACGCUGUGCGGCUUCGGCAAUGGCUAGGAGUCGAGGACAGAACGAGGCCUGGCGGGACAGGUUCCGCGGAGACCGACGGGAACGCGCAGAGACCCCCCCCUGCAUCGUCGCCGCGGCAAUGCGAGAGACGGGGGGUUGCGUGCGAGAUGAGACGACCCAUCUUUAGCCGUUGUCAUACGUCCGUACGGGAAUCGACGGGCGAGACUCGUGCUGUCAUCCGCUGCCAUCCGCUGCUGUCCGCCUAAACCCGAAAUCUGGAUGAGUCAUCCCCUGUCAUAACACUUCGGACACGCUCUUACAUCAUCUCAUCCGCGUUUUGACAAUUCCAUUGUGCACCCGAUGCUCUUUGCUCCUGAUUUAGCGGCGCUCUCUUCUUCCCCCUUUCCCUCCUCCUGUGCCUAUCUUCGUGAGUAGCGCUCGGAAUCAUCCAUAUCAACUAGGGUUGCGUCUUGGCCGUGCGCGGCAUUGCCGAUCGUGCCGAGCGGUCGCAUUGCGGCGACGAUGACAGCUGCGGUCGCAAGCAGUCGCCUUCGCGGCGGCGCCGGUCCCUGCGGUCGUCGCGAUGAUGACGUGGCGGUGCUCGCCGCGAUGCUGCUCGUGCUCACAUGCGGCGCCAGUACUGCCGCCGCCGUCAAGCUUCCGCCCAAGACGCCGCCGGGCCCGUGCGCUCUCAGCCCGUGCGGCGCGGCCAGUAAGUGUGUGGAGGUAACCAACAGCAGCAGCACGAGCAGCAACAGCAGCAAGAGCAACAGCAGCAGCACGUACACGUGUGUGUGCGCCAGCGGAACCACGCCCGCCAACAACACCAAGGGCCUGCCGUACUGCCGAGACCCAUGCACGGACGGCUCGCCGGGAGGCCCCUGUGGGGUUGGCGCCAAGUGCGCAGUGAACGGCACGCGCAACACGUGCAACUGCUCUGCCGGCAAUGUUGUCUAUGAUGGGUUCAGCAACGGCUCCCAGACUUGCAUUCCCGAUCCCUGCAAGGCCGCCCCUCCCCCAUGCGGGCCGAAUGGCCAGUGCACGGUGCUGGCGAGGGGCAACACGUGCACCUGCAAAUCCCCUCAGGUUCUUUUCGAGGACGAAAAAGGGUUCCAGUCAUGCAUUGCUGAUCCCUGCAAAGCCGGCGGUCCCUUUGGCCCCUGUGGGAUGAACGGCACGUGCACUGUGGUGGGCCGGGGCAACACGUGCACCUGCAACUCCACUCAGCUCGUUUACGAGAAAGUGAAAGGCUUUCAGACAUGCGUGACUGACCCCUGUCUCUCCGCCCCCUGCGGCCCCAACGCUAAGAGCUGUUCGCCUGUGGUGCCGGCUUCUUGGAAGUGCACAUGUGCUGCCGGCGCAACGCUGGUGGGCGCCCAGGAGAACCUGCAGUACUGCAAGCUGAUUGGCACCUGCAAUGACGGCACGCGCUAUGGUCCCUGUGGCACUCUCACGCGGCCGGAGGGAGUGUGCACGGAGACAAGCGAUGGCAACUCGUGUGCCUGUGCUGCGGUGGACAUUCCCUUCGACGUCCUCAAGAACGGCUCGCAGACAUGCGUCAGCAACCCCUGCUCCACCAACCCGUGUGGCCAGGGCGGCAAGUGCACGCCUGGCUCUGAUACCACGUGGGCGUGCGAGUGUGGCGCGGGCACUGUGCUGGUGGAGGAGGCGGAGGGGAUGCAGCACUGCACGGAUGGGCCCUGCCCGCCCCAGGCAUGUGGUGCGGGGGGCACGUGCAUGCCUCUCAGCAACAGCACUCGCAGCUGCACCUGUGCUGCGGGCUUGACUCUCAGCGAGACCAUCCCCGGCAUGCCCACCUGCUCCUCAGUGGUACCUGGCAACAAUACGAGCACCAAGGGCGCAUUCAUCAAUUCUGCUGUCGGUCAUUGGUCCCUUCAGUCUGUCUUCCUUCACCUCUCCAUCUCAAUGCCUUUCCUCCUGCCCUAUAUCUUCCUGUAGGACUUAGGAGCUCCUGUGCACGUGCAUGUGAACCUGUGUGUGUGUCUCUUUGUGAUAGAGAUUUCUUUAUGGUAGUACCGUAAUCCCCCGUAUAAAACACCCUAUGGUGUUAAUAAAAAUGCAACGAAAUUUUGGGUUGGGUGUAAUUAAAGGCAAAAAAAAUAC